CGGAUUCUUUUUGAGAUUCCCAACUUGGACAAGAGCCCAAUACCCAUUCGCUGUGCGCCUAGCGCUAUUCAAUAUGCGGCUCGUAUAAAGACAAUACCAUGCCAUGUGUUAUUCUUCCGGCCUCAAAUCUUUGGUGCCCUCGUAGCAACCUGUGUAACGAACACCUGUCCUGGAGGAUAUAAGCCGUCCUCCAUUUUCAGCAAUCGACACACCUACAACCUUCACAGCAUUUUGACACCUACACAGAAUGCCGCUGAACCAACCUGGCACUGGCUUGGCUAUUUUGGCCAAGCCUCUGGUUAACAGCAUCGUCAUCGGCAUCAUCUCUCUGCGGGUAUUCCCAUCCUGGACUUCCCUCAUUUUGGCCUAUCUCUUGCUGCUCAUCGGCCUCGGCAUCUUCAUGACGACUCGCCACAUCCAGAUGGUCAGACGUCGCAUUGAAAAGGUCGCAAAGCAUGGGCGUAAGGUCGCACGCGACCCGUCCUUGGACUACUACCUCUUCGUCCUCGGUUCCGGCGGCCACACCAAGGAAAUGCUCAUGAUGAUGGACGACGGCUUCUGCAAGUUUGAAAACUUCCACCGCCGCUACCUCAUCUCCAGCAACGACCGCAUGUCGAAGAACCACUGCGAAGACUACGAAGCCGAGCUCAAGGCGCUCUGCGAAGCAAAGGGGGAGGACCCGGGUACCUGGGACAGCUGCAUCGUUACUCGCGCGCGCGGCGUCCAUCAACCGCUCUGGUCCACACCUUCGACGGCCCUGCUUAGCAUCCUCGACAUCUUCCCCGUGCUCUGGACACCGCCGGUCAGCAAGGUCGGAAAUAGACUCUGUUACCCCACGCACAUCUUCUCCAACGGCCCUGCGACGGGCUUCUUCGUUGGCCUGGCUGUCCACCUUCUCAAAAUGUUCUACUACGUGCCCGAGGAUUACAUGCAAUUCGUCUACAUUGAGUCUUGGGCACGCAUUUCGACCCUCAGCCUGACGGGAAAGCUCUUUCACUACACAGGCCUGGCCGACAUCUUCCUCGUGCAGCACGAAGAGGUGGCGGCCAAGUACAACGUCGACAACGCUGGCGAGAUGGUCUUCAACUCCCGACGACCAGAAUAACGACAAGGGACGAUGGAAAUGGAACA